ACUUAUUUUGAAAAAUUCCCAGAAGUUUAGUUUUUGUUUUUAGGAAUUUGGUACACCGUUUAAUCCAAUUUGUCUGAAUCAAUUUUGUUUCUAAAGCCCAUUUCCUUCAGCACAUUAAAAUGAGUUUUCCAAUACAUCCUUCUGCAAUAUGUACUUCAGAUGAUAGUAUUAGCAUUGGCAGGCAAAAUUACUGUUGGAGAAAAAAUAACAUUUCAUGGGGCAGUAAACUUUCCUUCUUAUUUCACACUGGACUUUUGGCCGAUAUUAAAAUAACAGUUUUCGACAAUAGAUCUACAAAGAGCUUCGAAGCACACCAGUUACUUCUAAUAAUUUCAAGUGAAGUCUUUGAAGAAAUGCUUUUGAAAAGAGAUGAAAAUGGAUUUAUAAGACCGAUUCUAGAACUCAAAAUACCUGAAACAAAUCCAGUCAUUUUUGGUCUAUUUUUGAAGUUUUUAUAUUGUAAGUCACUUGAAACUGAAAACAUGCCCAAAGUCCUUGAGGUGAUACGUUUGGCAAAAAGAUUUCUAAUUUACGACUGUGAAGAAUAUUGUAUAGAGUUCAUAAAAAAAGAAGUGAAUCACACUAACUGUUUUGAUAUUUACUAUUUUGCACAAUCUUAUGAUCUAGAAGUCCUGUUGAAUAUGUGUACAAAGAAAAUACAAACUGAAGUUAAAGACAUCCUUAGUGAAAAGAAUUUCGGUAUGUUGGGAGUUAAUAAUAUCUUGACCAUACUUGAACAAAGAGUACUGGAUGUAAGAGAAACGGAUCUUUUUCUACUUGUAAAGAAAUGGCUAGAGUUCAAAGAAGUUAAAGAAGGCAAGGAAUGGAGAAGAAAUGCACAAAAGGAUGUACUGAAAAACUUUUGCUUCUUAAAUAUGACACCUCAUGAAUUUAUUGAUGGCCCCGGUUCAGCGGGUUUUCUAACUGAAAGAGAAUUCAAUGGGAUUUUGAGUGCAAUUGCAAGAGACCGAUUGUUUCCAUUUCCCGAGGGCUUCAAAACAACUUGUAGAGAAGUUAUUGGAGAGUUAAAUCUCAUGACGGCAUGUUUUAAGGGUAAAACCCCUUUUGAAUACACUAUAUUCACUGUUACUAACUGUGCUGUGUUUUUAACUGUUGAUCAUGAUUUGAAUAUCACUGGAGUUCAGUUUUUCUGUCGAGUUGGGAAAGAUGGUGAGAAAUAUAAAGAAAGUGUUGUGAUGAGAUUGAUGGACUGUGAAAAUAAUGAGAGCUUCUAUUGGAAAAUAAUGGAAGAAGCAAAGUUUAUAGGAUUUGUCGAGAGUUCAAAAAAGUUCAACAUUAAUUUCAAACAGCCAAUGAGCCUUGCACAUGGAAAGAGAUAUUCAUUGACUAUUCAAAUGAACGAUCCAUAUCCUUAUCCCACUGUAGACCUUUUGGAUGUAUCUAUGAAAUCGAAUGGAGUGACAUUUUAUUUCUCCCAGUAUCCAAAAUUAUCAUCGCUUCUACCAAUAUGUACAAUCCAAUUUCAAUUUGUUUAAUUCACUAUUUAUUUUCGGGCUAUGUAUGCAGGCUUAUCAUAGAUUCUGGGAAUUUAAAAAAUGUGAAAUAUAUAAAAGUACAAAACUGAAUGUUUAAUGCUGUUGAU